AUGCUAAGAAGUGGUCAGAAGCGUGCGACAUCUCUCGAGGGGUUGUUGCGGAUAUUUCGUGAACUGCUAUCUAAGAGCAGCGAACGUAUAAUCCUGGUGCUCGAUGCUUUGGACGAAUGCGAGGACGGCCGAGAAACACUUUUACCACCCGCCUUUCUAGAACUGGCACGCUGCCCCGGAUCACAUUUCUUCCUGUUUAUUACAAGUCGGAACGAACCGCAUAUUCGUAGCGAGCUUCAGGAUGAACAUCAAAUCCGCAUUACUGCGUCGCUGGUGGAACAAGAUAUAGAACGAUACGUGAACCUCAGUUUGUCUGAAUCUAAACUUGAGGUUUUUCGUUCCGAUGCCACCAAAACGAGGAUAGUAAAAGCAGUCGGCGAAAAUGCAGAUGGGCAGUUUCUUUGGGCUAGACUGAUCAUCCAAAGCUUGCUAAAAGCAACUUUCCUGUGGGAAAUCGAAGAUAUACUCAGCAAUUUACCCUCUGGGCUUGACCAGCUGUACAGCAGGGCUCUAGAGAAACUUCUUCAAGAAUCUCCGAGAAGACAAGAUGCAGCAUAUAAGUUGCUUCAGUGGUUGACGUGCGCAGAGCGUACACCGGCUGUUAAAGAGCUAGGAACAGCUCUUUCAAUCCGGGAAGGCGACACCGAUAUCGACCCUAUGAACCAGGUCAUCGACCUUCAACACUUUGUUGAGGAUGUUUGUGGUUCUCUCGUUGAGCUAAUUAGGGACGAUACAAAUGACUCUAAAGACAAAACUGUAAACUUUGUGCACACCACAGUAAAAGAAUACCUUGUUUCAAAAGCGGAACACGAUCAACAAAGUCAAGCACCGUUUUUGAGAUUCAAGGUCAAGACUGAGGAAGCCCAUGAACAUUUGGCAGGGACAUGUCUUACGCAACUCAGCUUUACAGCAUUGGUAGCUUCGGAUGACAGAGACUCAACCAAUGUCUAUCCAUUGCUCGACUAUUCCUCAAAAUUCUGGGCCUUGCAUCUAGCACAAUCAGGGCCACUAAAUCCCAAAACUCUGAUUGGAAGUUCUCGGAACGAAGAAAUUCGAGCAACUUCCGCAUACUUGUCACGUUACAG